AUGGGAGAAGCUGUGCGGAUAGUGGUGUUUGUGAAGGCUUUCAUCGGCUGCAACGCCCUCCUGGAUCUGUCUGGUGUCCACCAGGUCAAGGGCACGUGGAUGGGAUCCACCACUUUACCGUGCACCUACGUGCCCUCAGAAGGUUUCACACAGCAAACCCUCAUCUGGAGCGUGGAGCGAGACUAUAGCACCUCCGCCAUUUUUCGGAGGGACGAUUCUGGUGACCACGUCUUGUUGUCUCAGUUCCGAGACCGGGUCAGCGUCCCAAAGCACAGCCCAGGGAACGCCUCACUCCUAAUCGAGAACCUUGAAAUCCCCGACAGCGGACACUACACCUGUCAAGUCAGCUGGAGGUCUAAAAAUAACAGCUUGGUAACAAAGGAGGUGACCACUACGGUUAAAGUUGUCAAAGCAAGCACCAGCCUGACCUGUGUGGCCAGCGGGUCCCCCCCCAUCAGCUACCGCUGGUUCAGGAGCACCCCGGGGGGGAAAGCCCUGCUCCUGAGCAGCCAGGCCGAGCUGGUGUGGGACAGCCUGCGGCCCUCCGACGCCGGGGAGUACUACUGCGAGGCAGAAAACCGGGCUGGGGCCGGGGUUGUGCAGCAGAGCGACGCCGUUGAGCUGACGGUGAGAGAGCCCCCAGUCACACAGCAGCCCGGCCCCGGGACCAGCAGGCACAGCAGACCCCCGCUCACCCCCCGAGGCGACGCGUCCCAGCCAGCACCCACAGCUCAGACGUGUUCGCCUGAGAGCCCCAAAGCGGCGUGCUCGUCCAAAGGGGGCAGGCAGCUCGGGGGCAGCAGCCACGGCCACGCCGGGAGAGCUGCGCUGGCGACCCCCGGCACCGGGCAGCCCGAGGGGCUCGCUGGCGAGCAGACCCAGCUCUCCGCGGCCGCGGGGCAGCUCCGGGAGGGGUCAGUUGCCGUUGCCGUUGCAGAACCUCUCUACGAAGUUGCUUUCCAUAGCGCUGCAGAUGUCACGAGAUUGGAGACUGAUGUGGAGUGCCUACACAAGGAGACGAAUUCUAAGACUGAAACAUCCAAUGACACUUCCACCAUGAAAGGCAACGGCCAUGACAGCACAUGCAUCAGGAAAAAUCCGGAGUAUGAGAACCUCAUGACUGCAAUGGAAUCGGAAUAUGAAAUAGAAGGAAUUUAG